AUGCGAAAGGGGACCAAGAGUUGUGUUGAAUUCCCACCACAGGUCGGCGGCGCAAGAUCCGUUGUACCUAUCAUCCGGAUCGCCCAGAGACCUGCAAUGAAUGUCGAUUACGAGGCUCUACAUGCAUUGAUCAAGAGCACAGUCCCGAGGAUUCUGGAUUCGCAGUGGGGCCCGGACAAGGAGACCAGCGCCGCGAUUCUUCCACGAGCAGAGGUGACAACACCAGCAACCGAGUCCGAUCAACUAGGCCCGUCUAGCGACCAAAUUCAAAGCGCGCCAGUAUUGCAAUUGUUUGAUAAUUACCUUGUGAGCCGCCGCGAGGACUCAGACAGUAAUGAACGAUUCAUGGGAGCGAAAGACAUGUCCCCAAAGGCGCGAGCAGUACGGACCGAGCUCCUGUCGUUACUCCCACCGACAGCCGACAUCGAUAAGAUCCUCGCUGGGACUUCACAUCUCUGGUCUCAGUGGAAUGAGCACUUUCCGGAGCUUCUGUAUAACUUUGAUCUCAAACCAGGACUGGUCGAUAGCACAGUUGCACCCGCCGAGAUUGCCAAGGCGCUUGUUUGUCUUGCUAUCAGUGUCAUUCACUCGCCGCCUGAAUUCGAUUUCAAUACCUUGCACAUCGUAAUUGAUCCUCAAGAGUUUGCCGCCCGCUGUACUGCGGCUGUGGAUCGUCUAGUCGUUCGUGAUGACGACUUUGCGGCGACGCUUCCUGGCAUUGAAGCUCAGAUGCUGCUAGCGAAGUAUCAUCUGAACGAGGGCCGGCUUCGCAAGGCGUGGCUGAUCAAUCGGCGGGCCAUUGAAUUUGCACACCUUGCGGGAAUGCAUCUAUCAACUCGAACCCGGCGACCCUCAGACAAGAUCUUCGAUCGACGACUGAGGAUAUGGUGCUCCUUGACCGUCUCUGACCGAUCACUAAGCCUGAUCCUUGGCCUUCCUUAUGGGGUUUCGGAUAGCUUCUUUCUGCCCCAGGUCGAACGACGUCUGAGUUCGGGGGUGACUGCCCCGGAGCAGUACUUGUUACGCAUCGGCGUUAUCACCGGGCACAUGGUGGAUCGCAACCAGAACCCAGCGGACAUGUGCUUGGAGACAACUUUGCGACUCGAUCAGGAGCUGAUGGAUGCGUGGAGAGCCAUGCCGAACAGCUUCUACGGUACCGCACCUGGUCCCAAUGAGAAGCGGGAGCAGUUUCAAGCUCGCGUUCCUUUGCAGUUUAUGCCCAAGGUCCUCCGUGCUCUCUUGCAUAUGCCCUUUCUGCUGAAAUACCCUCAAGACCCGCGGUUCACCUUCUGCCACCGCAAAGCAAUUCAAUCCGCUCGUGAGGGUUUGUUGCUGUACAAGGUUCUUCGAUCGAUGACCAGGACUUAUCUGUGCAAAAUGAUUGAUUUCCUGGCUUUUACAAUGGGCAUGCUGCUGAUCGUUCAUCUGCACGGCAGCAUUGAUGAAUGUCCGACGCCUAACAAGGAGCAGCAUGAGCAGGACUGGAAGCUUGUGGGUGAGGUAGUCGAUAUCCUGAGGGAGGCUGCACCUGAGAGUGGCGGAUCCGUCGCUGCCGAGUCUGCAAACAUCCUUGGUGCUAUUUUCCAUACUAGGUCGCAAAAAAGGAACUGGUCAUCACAGUCUACCUGCAAGGUCACGGUGCCAUACUUUGGGACCAUCACCAUUGGAGCCGGAUCGAAGCUUUUAAGAUCCCAGGGCAGCAAGGCACAGGACGACACUACCCCCAAUACACUACCGCCUGCCAUCUCUUCAUCCAAAUCGGCCCCUAAUCAGCUAUAUACUCCCCCCAUGUCCGAUCCUGGUGGAACAUCCACUACUCACAACCCCGACACAUUGAAUCCCAACACCCCAGUUCUAGAGACGGUGGACACCGGGUAUCCAAUUCAGCCGUUGUCGCAGGGCGAAGAUAUCACCACCACCGAGUUUGCGGGCUUGGGGUCCAAUGCAUUUACGGGACUAUUCGAUGACUUUGGACAGUUUAUGUGGCCGAAUCCCGCGGUCGAUCUUGGACUGGACUAUGGCUGGAACCUGAACUGGUCUGAGUAA